ACCGCCCGCCGAGCGCCUCCGAGAGCGAGAGGUGGUGCGCGGGGCUUCUGGGCGCGCUCUCAAGCGGACCCCGGCCGGGCCGUGGGGGCACGGGCAGCAGCAUGGACACCAAGCGCUGCUUCGCCAACCGCUUCGAUGACUACCAGGGCAGUCUGCUGGCGGGCCAGUGCGAGGAGGCGGUGGCGCCCUUGGUCACCGCCACCAUCGAGCGCAUCCUUCAGGAGCUGCCCCCGCUCGGGGGCGGCGCUGAGGCCCGGGGGGCAGCGGCCGCGGCCAGCAGCUGCCAGGGCGGGCUGUACGGCGGCGUGGCCGGGGUGGCCUACAUGCUCUACCACGUCUCUCAGAGCCCGCUCUUUGCCGGGGCCCGGGAGCGCUACCUGCGCUCGGCCAAGCGCCUCAUAGACGCGUGCGCCCGCGCCGAGGAGUGGGGCGAGCCGGACGCCGACACCCGCGCUGCCUUCCUGCUCGGGGGCGCGGGCGUGUACGCCGUGGCCACGCUCGUGUACCACGCCCUGGGCCGGUCCGACUACGUGCAGCCGCUCGGCAAGUUCCGGGCGCUGUGCGCCGUCUGCGCGCCGGUCUCCUUCCUGGAGUGCGGCUCCGACGAGCUGUUCGUGGGCCGCGCGGGCUACCUGUGCGCUGCGCUCGUGCUCAAGCAGAAACUCGCCCAGGAGGUGCUGACCCCAGCACAGAUCAAAUCAAUUUGCCAGGCGAUUCUGGACUCUGGGAAGCAGUAUGCCAUGAAAAAGAGAAAACCAUUCCCUCUGAUGUAUUCUUACUAUGGAACUGAAUACUUGGGAGCAGCUCACGGCCUGUCGUCCAUUCUCCAGAUGCUUCUUUCUUACCAUGAGCACCUCAAGCCCUCAGAUCAGGAGCUGGUAUGGCAGAGUGUGGACUUCCUCAUGGAGCAGGAACAGAACUGCAACUGGCCACCUGAGCUCGGCGAGGCCAUCGAGAGAGAGAACGAGCUGGUGCACUGGUGCCAUGGCGCCCCAGGAAUUGCCUAUCUGUUUGCCAAAGCUUAUCUGGUUUCCAAAAAACCACAGUACCUUGACACGUGUAUCCGGUGUGGGGAACUGACAUGGCAAAAAGGUCUGCUAAAGAAAGGACCAGGGAUUUGCCACGGUGUAGCUGGCAGUGCCUAUGUUUUCCUGCUGCUCUACCGGCUCACGGGAAACUCUAAAUACAUCUACCGAGCCCAAAGGUUUGCUGAGUUUUUAUUUACAGAGGAAUUCAAGGCCGGUUCUCGAGUCCUUGAAAGUAUAUACAGCUUGUAUGAAGGCUUCUCCGGGACGGUGUGCUUUCUGAUCGAUCUGCUGCAGCCCAAUCAAGCCGAAUUCCCUCUCUUCAGUGUCUUUGUCUAGAAGGUUCCCUCUCCCACUGUGGCCCUGCAGAAAGUCCCUGAGAUUUCCCGAGCCUACCCGAGGCAGUUUCCACAUAAGCCACAUUCAAUGGUAUCACAACCAUGAGCCUUAACAUUGCCGCCCCGAAGGAAGGAAGGGAGGGAGAAGGCAGGAAGGCAACAUGAUACCAGACUUCAGGGAGAACAGUUUGAGAACCUGCAGAAUAAAGACACCACAACUCUUCCAAAAACCAGAGAGAUUUAAAAUUUCAGGGAAUUAUUGUGAAACUAGAGCUCAGAGGAAAAAGGGAAAGAGAAAUAAUACGUUUUUCAGUUAUGGCAUAUAAAACAAAACUGAAAUGUGGACUCUGUUGAUAAAAUGCCAGUACCCUUGCAACUGGAAAGAGAAUCUGACCAUCUGUGGGUGCCCUCCACCCCUAAAUUCAGAAAUAAACACAGUCAAAAACUAAAGUGAUUGCCCAGCUGAAAAUUGCUGGGAGGGAUGAAAUGUCAGGUUGCUGAAAGGACAAAAAAGGAAACUCUUGGUUGUCCUCUGUCUUUACUUAUUGAAAUUUAUGGGUUUUACUGAAUGGAGAAAUCUGCAUAAUGGAUCUCUAUUUUAUCAUUACCCUGGGCACUUUAAAGGAAACAUAUCAUAACCUUUUUUUUUAAACAAUUUUCAUUUUUAAGUAAUCUCUAUGCCCAACAUGCGGCUCAAACUCACAACCCCAAGAUCAACAGCCAUACACUCUACCUGCUGAGUCAGCCAGGCGCUCCAAAACAUAUCAUAACUUAGUUGAAAUCCUGAAAUUCUGAAUUUCUUUAGGCCUUACAUCUCUUUUCCUGGCUCCUUUUUCUUUCCUAAAGCUCAGUUAGAAAAGUAAAAUUCACAGGCUAGCAAAUACUGUAGCAAGUAUUGCUGUCCAAUGUUUUUCUCAAUUUGAAGUGUGAGCUAUGUAUUCUCUAUUGUUAAUUUAUAUUGAAAUGCUUAUGUAAUCCCUAUGGAGCUAUUAGAUGAACUGUAAAAUACACUCAUGGUAAAAAUCAUUCAUCUCAAAGAUCAGGGUAGCUACUACGAAGAUAUGUUGUUUCUGCCUUUGAUGGAACACCGUGUCCCCUGGGACAGGCAGACCCUGGCUGAGAAAGGGACCUGGCGAUAGUGAAAAGAACAUUGGUAAAGUUUAUGCUGUUAGAUUAAGAGAUGAGCGAACUCCUUGGCGGCUCACCUUACACUUCAAGACACAGGUUCCACUAGAAACUCUCUACAAUAUCCACUGAGCCAAGUUGCCAUAUUAAAGUCUACCCUGUUGUAAACACAUAAAGGGGUCAUUGGCAAUUUCAUAUAUCAGAGUGAGGAGGGACUUGCGUACCAUACAAGAUAUAAGAAUUAUUGAAAUAGUCAUUAAAUAUUUGUAUAUAUGUGAUAGAUGUAGAAUAUAUACAUAUAUAUUCUACAUCUACAUCUAUCUCCAUGUAAACCCAAACACUUAUUAAGUUCGUAGUUCCUAACUUCUUGAUUUAUAGAUAAACUGGGAGGAGUUGGGAAUACUGUUGCGUAAAAUAUGUGUGUGUCUGUGUGUGACCUGGCAUGUGUGUGCAUGUAUGCACACUCAUUUCUCUGGGAAGAGGUUCUCUAGCAUUCAUAAGAUUCUCAAAGAAUCUGUGGCUGAAAAAGGUAAGAGGUACCUUUGUAUAUUUUUUUACUUUAUGUUUGCACUCAUCAGAACAAGCUAGGACAAAAUGAUUUGGAAAAGCAUGCACCUUUUUUGUUUAUUGUU